GGUUGCUGGGUGUGGCCCCGUGGGACUGGGGCCGCCGGGGUAUGGUCCCCGUGGAGACGGAGGUGCAGGGGUGCGGUCCCGGUGCGAGCCGAGGCCCGGUGUAGGCCCCGAGCCCCGACUGGAGGUAGCUCGCGGCUUCCGGCCGCGCAGGCCCGCUCAAGAUGUCGUACAUGCUCCCGCAUCUGCACAAUGGCUGGCAGGUAGACCAGGCCAUCCUGUCGGAGGAGGACCGCGUGGUCGUCAUUCGUUUCGGACACGACUGGGACCCCACUUGCAUGAAGAUGGACGAGGUUCUGUACAGCAUCGCCGAAAAGGUUAAAAAUUUUGCAGUUAUUUAUCUUGUGGAUAUUACGGAAGUGCCUGACUUCAACAAGAUGUAUGAGUUGUACGACCCUUGUACUGUCAUGUUUUUCUUCAGCCAGCUGCUGAGGAGCUUGAUGCACAUCUGGAAUGUCCUGCACAGUGUCCCAUGCCAGAGUCACAGAAACAAACAUAUCAUGAUUGAUCUGGGCACUGGCAACAACAACAAGAUCAAUUGGGCCAUGGAAGACAAGCAAGAAAUGGUUGACAUCAUAGAGACUGUGUACCGUGGCGCCCGCAAAGGCCGGGGUCUGGUGGUGUCCCCCAAGGACUACUCCACAAAGUACAGAUACUGAGCACUGCCCUCACAGGCUGUGCAGAGGACACUGGGGACCCCUCCAUGUAGAAAUACUGAGCUCUUCACAGCCUUUGGGAAGGGCCUGCAGCAGAACACGGCUGGAGGCUGGAGGAUCCUUGAGAUGGGGGUUGUGGGGCCUUAACUAGCUGAAGCAAAUAAACGUGCAGUGGGGAAGA